GAUGUGAUGUAAAAAUCACAUUGGAGCGUUUUUUUCUUUUCUUCUUCUUCUCCUGCAGCAGAUCUUCCGAUGCAUUGUAACAGUGUUGAAGAACAUAACUCUUGAACACAAUGCCUCGACAUCUGUAAUGGCGCGUUGACUUUCGGAUGUGACUUCGGUGGGAUAAACGAUUGUCAGGAUCCGGAAAACAGAGAUGUAGUCUGUAGUCUGGUCUGUCGGCAGACUCCGAGGUCUCACUAUGCUGCUUUAUCUGCUGCUGACCAUCUCACUAACAAACAUCAAUGGCCAGAUAGACCCAGCUCACUGUCGUUAUCCUCUUGGUAUGGAGGACGGGAGGAUCAAAAACGAUGACAUCACUGCCUCCAGCCAGUGGUAUGAAACCACAGGCCCUCAGUAUGCAAGGUUAAACCGUGAGGAGGGGGACGGCGCCUGGUGUCCUGCUGGUCAGCUGCAGCCCUCAGAUGUUCAGUAUCUUCAGCUUGACCUUCGUCAGCUCAUCUUCCUCACUGUGGUCGCUACACAGGGUCGCUACGCACGCAACUCCGGCAACGAGUUUGCACGCAAAUACCGUCUUGAGUACAGUCGCGAUGGACACCACUGGAUCUCCUGGAGAAACCGCUUUGGUAGUGAGACUAUAAUGGGCAAUAUAAACACCUACGACUCUGUGGUGAGAGACCUCCAUCCUCCCAUCAUCACUCGAUUCUUACGUUUGAUUCCCGUCACCGAUGCCGUACACACUGUGUGUAUGAGAGUAGAGCUGUUCGGAUGCGCCUGGCAGGAUGGCCUGACGGCAUACAGCUCUCCAGAGGGCCAGACCAUGAUGGCUCCUGGCUAUCCCAUUACACCUCUCAAUGACUCCAUGUACGACGGGGCCCUGGAACGCAGGAAGCUGUCUGGGGGUCUUGGUCAGCUGACGGAUGGUGUGAUUGGUCAGGAUGACUUUGUACAGAGAAGACUGGACCGGUUGUGGCCCGGAUAUGACUACGUGGGCUGGAGGAACGACAGCUUGGGCCCUGGAUAUGUGGAGAUGGAGUUCCAGUUUGACAGACAACGAAACUUCACCUCUAUGAAGGUUCACAGUAAUAACAUGUUCUCUCGGGCUGUGAAGAUCUUCGCGUCCGUGUCCUGUGUGUUUAAGCUGCACCUCAUUUCUGAGUGGGAAGCAGAACCGGUGGAGUUUCACACCGUUCUAGAUGACCGGAACCCAAGCGCUCGUUAUGUGACGGUCCCGCUAAAGCACAGAUCGGCUACGGCGCUGCGCUGCCGCUUUUACUUUGCUGACACUUGGAUGAUGUUCAGCGAGAUCUCGUUUCAGUCUGCAACUAAUGUGCUUCCUACCCAGAGGUCCCCAUUGUUGACCCCUCCUUCAUAUGAGGUUAACAGCAAAGUACUGCAAACUACACAAAAAACAGAGGACCAGACGACAGCAAAACCAUCAAAACCAGGCCCUCCUGAAGAGGGCAGUACAUCGAUUCUGAUUGGCUGUCUGGUGACUAUUAUUCUUCUACUAGUGGUGAUCAUCUUCCUGAUUCUGUGGUGCCAAUAUGUGUGCAAAGUCCUGGAGAAGGCUCCAAGGCGUAUUUUGGAGGAGGAAGUGACAGUGCGUUUGUCCUCUAGCAGUGACACUAUAAUUCUGCAGACUCCCCCGGUGCCCCCGCGCGUCUCCCUCGACCCGCCCUAUGAGAGGAUCUUCCUGCUGGACCCCCAGUAUCAGGAUCCCGCUGCGCUCAGGAACAAACUUCCCGAGCUGUCACAAAGCGCAGAAGCUUCUGCCUGUAGCGGAGGAUACGCCGAACCUGACGUGACCCUGUGCACCCCACACCAGUGUUUUCAGAGCAGCGUGCCGCACUACGCUGAAACCGACAUCAUCAGCCUGCAGGGCGUCACCGGCAGCAACAUGUACGCCGUUCCAGCCCUCACUGUAGAUUCCCUGACGCGGAAGGACAUCUCGGUGGCCGAGUUCCCACGAGAGAGGCUGCUGUUCAGAGAGAAACUGGGAGAAGGCCAGUUUGGUGAGGUGCAUUUGUGUGAGGCUGAGGGUUUGGCUGAGUUUCUGGGAGAGGGUGCACCGUUACCGGAGCAGGACGGCAGGCCGGUGCUAGUAGCAGUUAAACAACUCAGAGCGGAUGCCACCAGCAAUGCCAGAAAUGACUUCCUGAAGGAGAUAAAGAUCAUGUCGCGUCUGAAUAACCCAAACAUCAUUCAGCUGCUGUGCGUGUGCGUGAGCUCCGACCCGCUCUGCAUGGUGACGGAGUACAUGGAGAACGGAGACCUCAACAUGUUCCUGUCCCAGAGAGAGAUAGAGAGCACACUCACACAUGCCAACAACAUUCCGUCUGUCAGCAUUUCUGACCUGUUGCACAUGUCGGUGCAGAUCUCUUCUGGGAUGAAGUACUUGGCUUCUUUGAAUUUUGUGCAUCGUGAUCUGGCCACACGGAACUGCCUCCUGGACCGUCAUCUCACCAUAAAGAUCUCUGAUUUCGGCAUGAGCAGAAACCUGUACAGUAGUGAUUACUAUCGUAUACAGGGGCGCGCUGUACUGCCUAUACGCUGGAUGGCCUGGGAAAGCAUCUUACUGGGGAAGUUCACAACAGCUAGUGACGUGUGGGCAUUUGGAGUAACUCUGUGGGAGAUCUUCACUUUGUGUAAGGAGCAGCCCUACAGCUUGCUGUCUGAUGAACAGGUCAUCGAGAACACCGGCGAAUUCUUCAGAAACCAGGGGAGACAGAUCUUUCUCUCCGCCCCACCACUCUGUCCAUCCUCUCUGUUCGAGCUGAUGAUGCUUUGCUGGAAUCGUGACAUCGCGGACCGACCCACUUUUCACAGAUUGUAUCAGUCCCUGCGAACUUUUGCGCCCCACUCAUGACCGACACCUGCUCUACUGAAAUAACCUGGAGGAAAACUGUUAUACAAGUCUUCUGGCGGCUCGCCAGUCGCUAAAGUAGAGCAGGAACAUUAUAGCCACAAUGUAGCGUCAUUAGCGGUAGAAAUCCAAUGGAGGAGAGAUCUAGAGAUGAUGAGAUUUCACAAAAGGCAUUCAUUCAUUUAUCCACUCACAUAUUCAUCUCCAUUGGGACUCAGAGAGCUUUUUUUUCCAAUCCAUAGACACUUGAGAUUUUUUUUAGACUUUUCAUUGUUCUUUCCUUUUUUCUUUAUCAUACAUGUUAUUUCUGUUUGUCAUUUUCCAACAGUGACUCUUGAGCCUACUGUAUAUUCUAGGCAGAAAGAACCAACUGGACGAAUGUUGUGUUUGUCAAAACUGUGGUUGUGUAUCAUUAAGCACUGCUGUCUUUGGUUUUUAUUUUGUUUUUGUCUAUUUUUGUUCCUUAUUUACCCCCACACUGGAGUUACUGUGUCUUAUGAUAUUAAGUGUUGUUUUGCUCUCUAAAUAUGAAUGUUUUUACAGGUUCUUUGGAUAUAGCCGGGUCGGAGAUUUGCUCUGCCUGGAUCUAGCAGAACUACUGUUAUAGUUAGAUUAAAAACCCUUUCGGAGGAGAAGGGAGAGGGUUAUAGAGCCAACAAUGGACUGACGUGCAAUUGAAUGCACUGUUUCUUCCCCCAACUUCUAACAGGCCACUUUAAAAUCAACAUGAAAUCAGAACAGACCAAUGGACCAUGAUUCAUCCGUGCAUGUUUCCAAAAAAGACAGUGUUCGUUAUUGUAGUGUUUCAUCAAAAUGUAAUAACUUGGUUCUUGGUUAAUGUUAAAAAAACAAGAAGAAUUUCCAUUGGGAUACGUCAAGAUGUUCUUGGGGUAAAUUUGACCUUCAGCCGCCACAUGCAGAUGUCCAGUUAUAGAAGUAAAAUGUCUUGUUAAUGCCAUUUCAUGUUGGCUUUAAAGGGAUAGUUCAAGCAAUAUUAUGAAUCGAGGACUCAUAUUUUAGCCUGAAGAAUCAAUUUAAGUAAAAAAAAAAACACCUUGAUGGAUUUGUUUUUUACAAAAACGUAUCUUUCUGCUUCAGAGUGUGGAGAGUGUCGUGUGGAUUACUUGUGGAUUAUUGUUGUUUUUAUCAGCCGUUUGGACUCUCAUUCUGACGGCACUCUGAAAGUGAGUAUAUUUUCAGCAAAUUUUCAUUUUUGGGUGAACUAUUCCUUUAAAAACCAGCAAUAUUUCACCACCACAGGCAAACCAACUCCGUUGCAAAGGAAAACACUAUACUUCCUUGUUAUUGGCAUUCAGUUCUACAAUUGUAUUGUUGUUGUAUCUAAAUGAACUAAGGCUGGCUGAGGACAUACAGGACCAAAAAAUAUUAAUAUUGUAGAGAUCCAUUUUAACUUCGAUCUCUGUAGAAGGCACAUGAUUAUGGGGGGAUAUGUAUGCAAGUUUAAAAUUAUUCAAAGCACAUUUUCUUUCUUUCUUUUAAUCCACUUUAAUGUUUUAUUAAUGUCAUUUAAUGUUUUUAGCAAAAGUUUGUGAAUGAGUGUUGCUCCAAAAAAACAAACAUUUGGUGCACUACGAUGUAACCAAGAUCUUAUAUUUCCAUCUUUUUUCAUCAUUGUGUACUAGUUUCUACAUUCCUUUUCUGUAGUUUGUGUUUACUGUAUUUCAGAAAUUGUCUUCAAAUGUACAGGAGAAGUUUUAUUGUUUGGCUGCUGAAAGGUUUGGCUAUGCAGGACGUUUUGAAGAGUCCUCCUAUAGCACUGGGAUUUCGAUUGAAUGUUGGUGGUAGGAAAGCUUAGGAGAAGGGCAACCACUAAAACUCAAUCUCCCAGAAGCCUUUGCUGAAGUGAGCCUGAGGCAAUUUCUGUUAUUACUGAUCAGAGUUUGCUUUUCACUACAUAUUUAGAGACCAAGAGUGCAUGUCCGUGCGAAUGCGUGAUACUGUGAGUGUGGUUUUGUUUCAAGUGAAAUAAAUGUACCUUCUUUCAUCAUUUAGUAUUCAAUAACUCUUUUAUUCAAACCUUUUUACUCUCUGUAUGUGUCCUUCAUGUACAUUACAUAAGCAGAGUAGAUACUGUAUGUAUAGUAAUAUAUUGGGGACUAAGGAAGACUUGUUUUCUUUCAUCUUCUUUCUUAUUUUCCAUAAUAAAUACCGAUUUAGCUGUA